AUGGAAAGUUUUUUUGCAUGUGUUGAAAUUACAAGCAUCGGUGAAUAUUCAAAUGGAAGCACGUUUCCUGUAUCUCAAAUUUCUUCUGCUCAACCAUUAUGUUUUAGUGAUUUAGCAGGUUUGAGAUUGCUUGAGUCUGAGCCUGUUAACCCACUAUAUCUUGCAAAUAAUCAACUUAAUGCUAAAGGUGGAAAA